CUAAUAUAAGCUCUUUCUUUUCAAAAAAACAAUUAAAGUUUCGCCCUCAAAUUCCCCCCUUAUUUAUUAGCCUAAAAAAUGGACAGCAGGGGAGAUGCUUUCUAAGACGGACGACUAAGCAAUGGCGAAGAGAGAUUCGGAGUCCCGUGAACAACCACCGGAAUCAUCAGCGUUUACCGAUAAAAGUUCUUCAAAUUCAUCCGAAGGGAAAAUGGUGCUGAGAGUAAGACCGCCGCGUCAAUUGAGGCACUCCGGUGAAGAACAGAGCAGAACAUCCUCAGCAAGAAAGCGUAAAACGACGGAGAAGAAAAUCUGUAAAAUAGACUCCAAUACGCCUAAGAAACCUCCAACCGCUUUCUUCUUCUUCUUGGAGGACUUCCGUAAGGAAUUCCAGCAGAAGAAUCCGGAUGUGAAGUCAAUGCGCGAUGUUGGGAAGGCUUGUGGAGAGAAGUGGAAGACAAUGACUUAUGAGGAAAAAGUUCAAUAUUAUGAUAUUGCUACAGAGAGACGAAGAGAGUUUGAUAGAGCUAUGGCGGACUAUAGCAAAAGAAAGGAAAUUGGGGAGUUCGAAGAGUAUGAAGAUGACUCAGAAUAAGUAUAUUUUGACUUUUGAGUCCUUUGUGGUGUGCAAUUAUAUAACAGGAAACCGACCCUUGGUAGUAACUCCACCAUAGAGUUGCUGUAGGGAUGGUCCAAUUUGAUAUUGAAAUCUAGGUGGGCACCCCUUGUCAAUGGGCUACAGUCGCACUUUGGAGUUCUGUGCAAAAUUUGUGUAUAUUUUGUCACAAUGACCUGUAACGGCAAGUAGGCAACUGACAACAUUGUAAGAUUGUUUGUUCAAUAGGAUUGGUUUGACACUAGUUUAUUUUGCAAAGAUCCAGCAGCGUAUGUAGUAGCAACUAUAUAAAGUGCACUUAAUUUGGUCUUUCCUGGAGAUGACUGCUCUCCAUUUAGGUUAUGUUUGGAUCCAUUUAGGGUAUGUUUGGGAAGUUCGGGGAAAAAGGAAGGAAAAGACUUUGAAGGUAAGUUGUUGGAGGGAAAUUGGAGGGGAAGUUGAGGAAAGCCUUCUUUUUAUUUGGGAGUAGUGAAUUUGGAAAAGAGAGUCUUAGAAGGAA